AUGUCUUGUAUGGUUCUCACGGUACUUAUAGUUUCUUCCAAAGCCACUGCUAUUACCUCUGAUCAUGACAGUAAUGUUGAUGGUCCUCUGAUGCCUGAUCCAAGUAUAAAGUGUGGAGAAUGCCCGUGUGGGAAACCAUGUAAUCAACAAUUUAUAACUCCUCCUAUUCUUUCUCCUCCACCACCACCUCCCAAGGCCAGUAAUACAUAUUGUCCACCAGUUAUUCAACAGAAUCCACCGUCGCCAAGGUUCAUCUAUUUCACAGCACCACCAGCAAUUCAACAGAGUAAGCCGUCGUCACCGCCGCCGCCGCCAAGGUUCAUCUAUUUCACAGCCCCACCAGGAAACUUGUACUCAACUGAUCCAUUUAAUUUACAAAUAUACUCUGGUGCAUUAACUAGAAAUCCCCUUUGUCUUAAUUCUCUGCUUCUUCUGGUUGGUUGUGGGAUUCUAGAGUUGUUGGUCUUAGGCUAUGUGACUGGCUAG